AUGGAGGGACCUUCAGGAAACUCAUUUCCAAGCCAGCCUUUGAUCGGAAGGCUCACAAGGAGUAUAAUACCUCUGAAAUUACAGAAGAGGAUCCAGGCUGUCCUGAACAAGGACAAAAGCAAACGCCGAGGGAAGGUAACUUCUCCUAUGAGGAUGACCAGUUGCAUCUUCAAAAGUUCUGUGACCAGAAUAACGGCCCAUCCUGAAAAUACCACCAGGCACAACAGGCAAGAAGAGACGCUGGAGAAACCCCAGCAGCUCUGUGCAUUCAGGAGACUGCAGGAACAUCACAUUGAAGACGAAGAGACAGUGCGAGAGGCUCGUGAGCAGUCGCCAUCUAUAUCCUACAGUCAAGGAGUGACAGUGCCAAUGGCUCUUCAGCUGUCGCCAUCUGUUAACCUUCAACAAGUAACUGCUGCGGAUAUCCGGAGACAGUCCCGGAGGGUGGCGAGGGCCAGGAAGAGACUGGCGGAGGCCUUAGAAUUAGACAGGCUUGCCAGGCAAGAAGAGAACAUGGAGGGAUAG